AAAAUAUGUUUCUGCUACUAAUUCGACAAUUUGAAGGAAUCGGAGAUGCUACUUCAUCAGUUCAAUUUUAAUUUCCCCGCUACUCUCAAUUCACCUUCUCCUUCCUCAUAUCCACAGAUUAAACCCCAAAUCCUGUCUCCAAUUUCGCGGCGAGGAUUCCCUUCGUUCGCCAGACAUGGAAGCAGAAGAACAGCUCCGCGGCGGAGCACUUUAAGGGAUGAGAUGGACGACGAGUCGGUUAAUGAUUCAGAUUUCUUCAACGAAAACGGCGCCGUGGAAGACAUGGAUGCAUACCUCAAUUUUUUGUCCCUUGAGUACGACUCCGUUUGGGAUACCAAGCCUUCGUGGUGCCAACCAUGGACAAUUUGGUCGACAGGAAUAGCUAUAAUUACAGGAAGCUGGGUGGUUUUGAACUCCAUUGUCAUUACCUCAGUGAUAGCAGCUGUGAUUUGUUUGUGGUGGUAUCUCUUUCUCUAUUCAUAUCCAAAGUUUGUUAUUUUCCUCAGGCAUAUUCAGAUAUGAUAGCAGAGAGAAGGAAGAAGGUUACAAAUGGUCUGGAAGACACCUAUGGUAUGAAAACAGGGCAAUGAUCUUGCUGACUGAAACCUAAUCUGUUGAAUUUUUUCAUGCAUUCAUUAUUAUUCUGAUGUUUGAGGUGGAAUACAUGAGUAGUUAUAGAUUUUGGUCUAUCUUUACUAAAG